AUGGGCGACGCUACCCAAUUCCACUGCCCCCGCCACGAUGGCCCCUACUACUCUCACAUGAUCCAAGCAAACGAAGCAAGGUCCAGUUACUACUGCUGGCUUGUAACAGCGGCCACUCGCGACGACAUGAUAACCUUCUUCAAGGGGUUUAUAAAGUACUCGAAGACGAAUAAUGGCGCGAAUAUCACCGACGUGAAACCAGUCCAUCUUGCAUGGUGGACGUUCAAUUGCCCGGGUGACGAUCAUGGGCGUGGAGGAGUUGAAGCAGAGUCGCGGGAAGAUUACUAUGACACAAUUGCGUGGAAAUGGGGGUAG